AGCUGGGCUCAUGUAGGCGUGGCUCGUGGUUGCUCACUGCUUGUGCAACCACGAUAAUGCAGCCUAGCCAUGAAAAGGAGAAUCUACCGGUUUUCUUGCGUAUUACAACUCGUACAGAAGGAGCAGUGGUUGAGUAUGGCCACUGAAGCGACGCUCGAAAAGAAGGAGUGGAAGGUACAGUCAUACGUGGAGCAGCAAGACAGAAUCUGGCCCAAGGAAGGUCGCCAUAUUCUGGCACAGUACGACGAUGACACCGUGGUAGUCUACCAGGCCUUCUCCCCAGUGAUAGCUGAAUAUGCCAUCCGUAACCAGAAGUUUGGAGGCGAAAAAUUCUCCUUUACUCGGAUGUCUUGGAUCAAGCCCAAUUUCCUGUGGAUGAUGUACCGCAGUGGCUGGGCAAGCAAGAAGGGCCAGGAGCAUGUUCUGGCAGUGAGGAUCACGCGAGCCGGCUUCGACCAGAUCCUCUCCCUGGCUCUUACCGGGCAGGCAGAGAAAGCGGCGGGGAGAAAGGAGCCAGCACAAGUUAGGCUGCAGUGGGAUCCAGAUCACGGGCCUAAUGGGGAUCCCCUGCCUCGACGAGCAAUCCAACUUGGCCUCAGGAAUGAGGUGCUGAAGCGGUACAGUGAAGAGUGGAUUGUUGAGAUAAAGGAUGUAACUCAGUUUGUUCGUGAGCAGAAUGACUUGGUCAAGAGGAACCAGAUAGACAAGUUACUUGUUGCUCAGGAGCGGGUUUAUCCAAUCCUUGACCAGCUAACUGCCGCCCAGAUCCAAGUCGACAAUCUUUAG